CAAACCUACCUCCUAAUUCAGAGCUAGCUAACGGUUUGGUCACAUGAGUAAGCAAUGUCGUUACAUCUACAAAAACUCUGUGGCUGCCUUUUGAUUGGCUGCAACAUGUGGUUGCUAAAUUGUUACAGUACUCGGCGUAUUGCAAAUUGUUAAAAUUAACCUUAAAAAUCCUGGUACAUGAAUUUUCUCUUUAUUCAAUUGGGUAGGAAUGUCAAAACUACUUGAAAAAAUGCCUUAGGGUGUUACCAAGAUGGGCUACAAGAUGGAACGGCUUUCUUCCAGAAGGACUUAUUUUUCUUUUCAUGUUCAUUUCAAGUGAAAAUUGGCAUGUGCAUGUGUUUCCAUGCAUGUCAUACAGUUGUUUCACUUCAGGCAUUCAUUGUUAUGCUGUAGCUUUCUGAGCUCAUAAAUUUCUACCAAUCAUAAUGGUGUAAAAAGAGAGACAAAAGUGAUCAUAUGAGCAUUUUUGUAGUAUGAUUUCCAAGAAACUGUUAGACCGAAAACCCAAACAGCUGUUGAUGAUGUACCUUCCACCGGCUGGCGCCUUUUAUUGUAGGGUGGUGUACUUUUCCUUUGUCACUGGCCAAAUCUAAACUGCGGGGUGAUAUUGAUAUUUCCAGAGCUAGAAUGGAGUCUGAAAGGAAAAACAUUUUUCCACCCUCUAAAACAAUAAAAUAUAAACGUGAGGUCAGACCAAGAACACGGCCUUGUUUUAGACUCAACAUUUUGGCCCAAGCCAAAGUAGGCUCUGCAAACAGAUUUCUUCACCUACAGGUCCAUAAUGUGUCUGUAAAGCCUGAAAUAGUGAGUAGGUGGAAAGUUCCUCAGUAAAACAAAAGCAGGAAUGUUUAAAAGUGUGCAUCUGCAAAUUUCUGUAGAAAAUCUCUGCAAUUUUGUUUUGUGUCGAGUCAUUUUUUGUGAAAUCCCCUUUAGCUUCCUUGAAAAAACCUUCACAGUGCUGGAUACUGAUAACACUAAUAAAACAUUACUCACAUUUAUUUACUUUUAUGACUAUGACUAACGCUGAUCUGGUCUGUUUAUCACCAGGCAGAACAUAUCUGUAUACUGCUGUGCUUUUCAUCCUGUUCUUUGUUAAGAAACAAUCAAAAGCACACGAAUGGAUAAUAGACAUGCUCUUAUCCUUAGCAGAUUUAGGCCAAUGUGAGCAGGAGGCAGAGAAAAGCUUACUUACACCUGCAUAACCCAGAGUGAAGGACCAUUUAAAAAGGAACAGUUACUAAAAGAUAACUGAGGAGUCCAUGCCAUCAUGUCGUCUACUGUGGACGACGUCCAUUGAAUGCAUGGACAAGUUUCCAAGCAGGUGUUUCGCUAUCGGCUAACAUGGCCAGCUCACCUACUGCAUCUGAACUCUAGAAACAGAAGCAUGAGCAUGAAGCUCGAACAGAUUAUUUCACGAAUCCUUUUGUUUUUUUUACAGAAUCUUUCUGUAUGGGUUUCUAAGGAAUGUGUUUAUAUGAGGAAUUACACUCAUAUGCUCUAAUAAAGAACAUUAGUGGGGAAAAAAAUAAUGAUGUCCUGCUGAUUGCAGAGUUCACACCCUGAUCACACCGGCCCCGACUGUGUGGCGGGCUGCAGCUGUCAAAAAUAUCCCGACUGGUUGUUGCAUUGUGCAAAACCCUCUCCUUUAUUGGUGUUCUCCCUUUCUGUUCAAAAACUUGCUUUGUCUCCCUUUCCCCCUCGCUCCUGGUUUGAAGUGAAUGCAAACAGGGUUGAAUUGGAAUAUAACAAAUCUGUAUAUGAGCCGUGGCUUCAUUGUUUGUCCUCAAUGUGAAAUCUUGAACUACUUUUCUUCAAAACUCCUUUUGUUCCAACUUGUGUUGCAGUGAGUUUCCUGCUCAUAAAGUAACUGAAAGAUCAAUAUGAAAUUAGAAGCAAAGCUGAAAUGGAACUUUAUUAACAAUGGCGUGAUGGUAUUGUUGUGUCGAAACCCCUUGUGCGGCCCUUCCUGUCACGCAAAGCUGCUCUCGUUGUCCGGGGAGUGGACACAGGAAGUGGAAUUCUCUGUGGCGACAACAGAGGAGUGGUGCUGUUUACUCCCACUCUUUCUAGUGUGCUUUCAUAGAGGCCCCCAGUGGCAUUUUCUUUCUUUUUUUAAUAUCAAGUCUCCAGAGCAGCCUGCAGUUGAACAGGUCACUUGGUCUGACUGAUUUUGAGGAAAAUCAUCCAAAAAGUGGUAAUGUCUUGAAUUGGUGGAUCCUCCGACACAGUUAAGAACAUGCCAGUGCCGGGCUGCUGCUAAUGGGAGCUCCUGAUCCACCAUGAGUGCUCGUGAUGGCGUUGGUGGCAUGGGCACCCUGGGUCGUCGGCCGCGCUUCGAGAACUCCGAGUUAACCGUGCGCAUCUACCCAGGCGCCCUGGCAGAAGGCACAAUCUACUGCCCAAUCAGCGCCCGCAAGACCACCACAGCUGCUGAAGCCAUUGAACGUGUCAUUGAACGGCUCAAGUUGGACCGCUCCAAGUUUUAUGUUCUGGCUGAGGUGAAAGAAUUUGGAGGUGAAGAAUGGAUUCUGAACCCCAACGACUGUCCCGUGCAGAGGAUGAUGCUCUGGCCCCGUAUCGCACUAGAGCACCGGCCGCUGUCAGGUGGCGAGGACUACCGCUUCCUGCUAAGGGAGAAGAAUCUGGAUGGCUCGAUUCACUAUGGCGGCAGCCUUCAGAUGUGGCUGCAGGUCACACAGGAGCGCAGGCGCCUGAUGGAGCGUGGACUGCUGCCACAGCCUGAAUCUCAGGGUGACCAUGCAGAUAUGUGCUGCCUGCCAGAGCUCAACGAGCGCACGCUGCUGGACAACCUGCGCUCCCGCUUCCGCCAGGAAAAGAUCUACACUUACGUUGGAAGCAUCCUCAUCGUCAUUAACCCCUUCAAAUUCCUGCCCAUCUAUAACCCCAAGUAUGUGAAGAUGUAUGAUAAUCAUACACUGGGAGAUUUGGAGCCACAUAUUUACGCCGUGGCAGAUGUGGCUUACCACGCCAUGCUGCAGAGACGGAGGAAUCAAUGCAUUGUUAUAUCUGGGGAGAGCGGCUCUGGGAAGACGCAAAGCACAAACUUCCUCAUUCAUCAUCUGACUGCUCUCAGUCAGAAGGGUUUUGCUAGUGGAGUGGAGCAGAUCAUCUUGGGGGCGGGGCCAGUAUUGGAGGCAUUUGGGAAUGCAAAGACAGCACAUAACAACAACUCCAGUCGCUUUGGGAAGUUCAUUCAGGUGAACUACCAGGAGAGCGGCACUGUGAGAGGAGCUUACGUGGAGAAAUACCUCUUGGAGAAGUCAAGACUGGUCUACCAAGAGCACAAUGAACGAAACUACCAUGUGUUUUACUACCUGCUGGCAGGAGCAAGUGAAGAAGAGAGGAAAGCCUUUCACCUCAAGAAGCCUGAAGAAUACCAUUACCUCAGUCAGAUGUCAAAGACAAGCCACCAACGUCAUUGGGAGAGUUACUGUGAGAGUGAGCCGGACUGCUUCAAUGUAGAAGGAGAGGACCUGAAGCAUGACUUUGAGAGGCUUCAGCUGGCCAUGGAGAUGGUGGGCUUUCUUCCUGCCACACGCAAGCAGAUCUUCUCUCUGCUGUCGGCCAUCCUUCACCUGGGUAACAUCCGCUACAAGAAGAAACCUUACAGAGACGACCAGAUAGACAUUGUUAACCCAGAGGUGCUACCUGUUGUGUCAGAACUGCUGCAGGUAAAAGAAGAGAUGCUGUUUGAAGCCCUGACAACGCGGAAGACGGUUACUGUGGGAGAGAAGCUGAUCGUUCCCUACAAGCUGGCUGAGGCUGGCACAGUGAGAGACUCCAUGGCCAAGUCUCUGUACAGUGCUCUGUUUGACUGGAUUGUCUUCAGGAUCAACCACGCUCUGCUCAACAUCAAAGACCUGAUGGAAACCACCAAGAUCUUGUCCAUUGGAGUCCUUGACAUAUUCGGUUUCGAAGACUACGAGAACAACAGCUUUGAACAGUUCUGCAUCAACUUUGCCAACGAACGUCUCCAGCAUUACUUUAAUCAGCACAUCUUCAAACUUGAACAGGAGGAAUACAGGGCAGAGGGCAUCAGCUGGCGAAACAUAGACUACAUCGACAACACAGGCUGCAUCAACCUGAUCAGCAAGAAGCCCACAGCGCUGUUCCACCUACUGGAUGAAGAGUGCAAUUUCCCUCAAGCCACCAACCAGACUUUGUUGGAUAAGUUCAAGCGACAGCAUGAAGGAAACAGCUACAUCGAGUUCCCUGCUGUCAUGGAGCCCGCCUUUAUUAUCCGACACUAUGCUGGCAAGGUCAAGUACGGAGUCAAGGAUUUCAGGGAGAAGAACACAGACCACAUGCGCCCGGACAUCGUAGCUUUGCUAAAGAGCAGCAAGAACGCCUUCAUCUGCGGGCUUAUCGGCAUCGAUCCGUCAGCAACUUUCCGCUGGGCAGUGCUCCGCGCAUACUUCAGGGCCCUGGUGGCUUUCAGGCAGGCUGGAAAGAGACACACGCACAAGAAACACACUGGGCAUGAUGACGCUGCUCCCUGUGCAGUAUUGAAAAGUACGGAUAGUUUUAGCUUUCUGCAUCACCCUGUGCAUCAGAGAAGCUUAGAGAUCCUGCAGAGAUGCAAAGAGGAGAAGUACAGUGUGACUAGAAAGAGUCCACGUACGCCACUCUCAGACCUGCAGGGAACCAACACCAUCAAUGAAACAUCACCACGGGGUUCCCCAGGGCUCGGCUGGAACGGGCGCGUGGGUAGACAGAGCCGCUUAUCAUCCAGCAGCUCUACUGCAGAAGAUGAUGGCAUCUUUCUCAACUCUACCAGCAGCAAACUCCUGGAGAGAGCCCACGACAUCCUCAUGAGGAACAAAAACUACAAAUCUAAGCCCGUUCUUCCAAAGCAUUUACUCAAUGUGAAGUCACUGAAGUACCUCAACAAUCUGACGCUUCACGACCGCAUCACCAAGUCAUUGCUGCACCUCCACAAGAAGAAGAAACCACCCAGCAUCAGCGCACAGUUCCAGGCCUCUCUCAAUAAGCUAAUGGAGACUCUGGGUCAGUCUGAGCCUUAUUUUGUCAAGUGCAUCCGUUCCAAUGCUGAGAAGCUGCCCUUACGGUUUAACGAUAACCUGGUGCUGAGGCAGUUGCGUUACACAGGUAUGCUGGAGACAGUACACAUCCGGCAGUCGGGUUACAACAUCAAGUACACUUUCAAGGACUUUGUCCACCACUUCAGUGUGCUGCUUCCAGAGGGCACCAGUGCUACCAGAGAGGGCAUCCAGCAGUGCCUGGACCAGCUAGACCUAAAAGCAGACGGAUAUCAAGUUGGAAAGACAAAGGUGUUUCUGCGGGAGGCUGAGCGUCAGCAGCUGCAGGCCUUCCUCCACAAGGAAGUUCUGAGACUCAUCGUCAUGCUGCAGCGGCGAUUCAGAGCCCAGCUGGAGAGGAAGCAGUUUGUCCGGAUGAGAGAAGCAGCGGUCUGCAUCCAGAGAUGGUGGCGCUCUGUCCGGUCCAUAGACGAAGAGGAGGACAACGAUGACCUCAGUGUCCAGGAGGGGGCAGCUUUGUGUCUGCAGAAACACUGGCGAGGUUACAGAGAUCGUCAGAGGUUCAGGCUGUGGAGGGCGGCUGCUCUGGUGCUACAGAGGGCAUGGAGGUUCUGGCUCCGUCGGCGCUGCACGGCAGCUCUGGUCAUUCAGGCAGCCUGGCGCUGUCACCGAGCCAGAGAAGCCGACUUGCGCCUGUAUGCUGCUGUGAUACAACUACAGGCAGUUUGCAAAGGCUUCCUCACCAGGCGAAGCUUCAAGAAACUAAGAGAGCAGAAACUCAGGGCGAAAAGGGAGCAGCAGGAACAGCUCCUUCAGCUCCAGAAUGGCCAGGUGAGCCUCUCGCAAGACGAGGAGGAGGAGCCACAAGAAAUAAUUAUGGGACUGGACCUCAGCACUUGGGAGGAUCGUUCCUACGAACAACGAGAAAAGAGCCUCCAGGAGGUGGUUAAGGAGGCAGGAGGAGAAGAUGCUGCGACAAAAGAGAGCCCCUCCAAAACACAAACUGAAGCAGCAACUUCAGUACCAGCACCCUCUGUGACGGUGCGAGAAAGGGCUAGGACUGCAGAUGAACCUAGCCAGAGAACCACCCGGGCCAAGAGAGAGAGCCGGCGGAUGAGAGAGUUGGAGCAGGCCCAGUUCAGCCUGGAGCUUCUCAAAGUGCGGGCAAAUAGCGGCGGAGCAGCGUCCCCGUGCGAAGACCGGCGCUGGUCUCUUGAGCUGGUGCCUCCUGAGCUGGUGCCUCCUGCAAGCCCACCUCUGCUUUCACCCCAAGGCACACCUGACAGCCAGAGCUCCAAAGGCAGCUUUGAGCUUCUCAUGAUGGAUGAGGAGCCACCAAAGGCCAGAGAAGAGGUGACAGACAUUGAGGACCCCUUCUCCCCUCUCCCGCCAGUUUCUCCAGUUUCAGACCCUAAGGUGGAUGUUGUUUCAACAAGCCCCAAGCCAGCGGAACCAUACAGGACAGAGCUUUCUGAUACUGUUGCCCACCAAGGCAGCCCGAUCAAAACGGACCCCGCCCAUGUAGAUCCGCCCAAAGUCGACUACCUCCCAACCUUUUAUGUCCCUGCUGGUGAGGGCAGCGCAGUAAUCUCCCAUUCUGCUGCAGAAUCUCAACAAAGCAAAGAUGCAGCCGUCUCCACAGCCACAUCCGUCAUCAACAGAAGAGAGUCAACACGGCGCCCAGUGGUGGUGGUCAUCAGUAUGCAGAAAGAAAUACCACUAAGUGAGGAGCUGAGUAACGCUGUCCGCCCCUCUGUAGAAGUUCGAGAUUCUACAGCCCAGACGGGCGACUUAACACCUGCAUCAAAGAAACCAGACAGACCUGCCGUCCCUGCUCCCACCUCAGUGCCUCAAGCGGACCAGGCUGUCAUAGAGAAGCUGGUGCGCCUGAACGAGGAGAAGGAGGAAAGGCAGCGUAAUCAGCAGCAGCAGAAUGAAAAGGAGAUGAUGGAGCAGAUAAGACGUCAGAAGGAAGUGCUGGAGAAGCAGCGUCUCUACUUUGCUCAGUAUGAAAGAGAUAUGUUUGAGAAACAAAAAGACGAGGCUCUGCUCAAGAUAGAGCAGAGUCGACAGAGCGGACAAGAUGUCAGUGGAACCGCAGCCUCCAGGAAGCCCCUCAGACCCAUUUCGGUGCUGGUUCAGAGAGCAGCAGGGGAGGUUCCUCAUACCAGGACGCUGUCAGACUCCACUGUUCCUCAACCCCAGCAGCCUCCACCACCUGCUUCUCCUCCUACAAAAAUUCACAUGGAGAAUAAGCCAGUUCCCGAGGGCUGGGCACCCAAACUCACACUAGAGUCCAGAGACAGGGGAGGAAUUAAAGAGAGAGCAACUGCCAAGAAGCCACCAAGCGAUCAAGGCACUGCUGUUGGUAUGAGAGAUAAGCCUGGCAGCAUCUUCUUCUCUCCAAAUGACAAAGUGACAUUUGCAAAGUUUGCCACUGAUACUGUCACUAAAGACACACAAGCUGCCAUCUCCAAAGAGGAACCAACGUCUGUGCCCAAAUCGUCUAAGGGAACAAAAGCGCGGGAUGUUGGCAGAGCAGGCCAAAAAAAGAAAGCCAGAAUGGCACGGACCCGCUCCGACUUCCUCACCCGCACCCCCUUUCUCUCAGUUGGGGGCGAUUCAGACGAGGAGGACUAUGAUGGCGACAGCCUCCACAGCCCCCGUCAUUACACUCUACCCCACUCCAAACAGAGCUCCACGGAGACAUGCCUAAGAGAGUCCUGUUUCAGUGACUCAGACAUGCCUGCAAGCUCCGAGGAGAAAAAGAAGCUACACAAAACCAUGUCAUCAGGCGAUUUGGUCAAAGAGGACUCGCUACGUAAAAAUUCACAAGAUGGAAGGAGUCGUAAGAUUCUUGGGCCGCGUUUUUGGGGCAAGAGCAAGUACGGGGAUAAGAAGACUUCCAGAGAAAAGCUGAUCUGUGGGGCUGAGGCCUUGGAUGGAGACACUGGAGACACUGGUCCUCUGCUUGGAGAAGCAGGUCAGGAAAACAUGUCGCCGCCAUGCAGUCCUGAUCUGACCUUAAAUCAGUCAUUUAGAGACUCGAAAGAGAACAGGGAGCCAUCUCCCAAGGUAAAGCGGAGGCGUAGUGUGAAGAUCAGCAGCGUGGCUCUGGAGUCUGCCCAGCGGCAGAAUGACACGCUGCAGAUACUGACCUCCAUCGGCGACUACAGGAGCAUGAACGACUUCCUUGUGAAGAAGAUCAACGACUUGGAUGCAGAGGACAGUAAAAAGGACACCUUGGUGGACAUCGUGUUUAAAAAGGCUCUGAAGGAAUUUCGUCUUAAUAUCUUCAACUCCUACUCCACAGCACUCGCAAUGGAUGAUGGUAAGAGUAUCCGCUACAAAGACCUUCAUGCACUGUUUGAGCAAAUCUUGGAGAAGAUAAUGCGACAGGAGCAGAGGGACUGGAGGGAGUCUCCUGUCAAAGUGUGGGGGAACACCUUUAAGAUUUUCCUGGACGAGUUCAUGAUUGAGUACAAACCUGCACACUGUGCACUCAGUAAGCCAUUGCCAAAACCUGAACGCAAGAAACGAAGGAAGAAGGACACAGACAAUGUGGAGGAGCAUAACGGCCACAUCUUCAAGUCCACCCAGUACAGCAUCCCCACAUACUGUGAAUAUUGCUCGUCGCUCAUCUGGAUGAUGGACCGGGCCUGUGUGUGCAAAUUGUGCCGGUAUGCCUGCCACAGAAAGUGCUGCCAGAAGACGACCACCAAAUGCAGUAAGAAGUUCGAUCCAGAGCUGUCCUCCAGACAGUUUGGAGUAGAAGUUUCUCGCCUGACUAACGAUGAGAGAACAGUGCCUCUGGUAGUGGAGAAGCUUAUCAACUACAUUGAGAUGCACGGCCUCUACACUGAGGGAAUUUACCGCAAAUCUGGUUCCACCAAUAAAAUUAAGGAGCUCAAGCUGGGACUUGAUACAGAUGUGGAGAACAUGAAUCUGGACGACUACAACAUCCACGUUAUUGCUAGUGUUUUCAAGCAGUGGCUGAGAGACCUGCCUAAUCCUCUGAUGACAUUUGAGCUGUAUGACGAAUUCAUACGUGUCAUGGGUUUGCAGGAUAAAAAGGAAAUGACCAGAGGUGUGUAUUCAGUUAUUGACCAGCUAAGCAGAACUCAUCUAAACACUCUGGAACGCCUCAUAUUUCAUCUGGUCAGGAUUGCUUUGGAAGAAGAGACAAAUCGUAUGUCACCUAAUGCCUUGGCUAUAGUUUUUGCUCCUUGCAUCCUUCGCUGUCCUGACACCACUGACCCACUGCAGAGCGUCCAGGACAUCAACAAGACAACAGCGUGCGUAGAACUUAUUAUCUGUGAACAGAUGAAUAAGUACAAAGUGAGACUAAAGGACAUCAGCACUCUGGAGUUUGCUGAGAAUAAAGCCAAGUCCAAACUGACGCAUAUCCGACGGUCAAUGCAACCAGAUGCAGCCAAAAAGGGAAAAGGUCGCUCCCAGCGACCAAGCUACCACAUACCUUCACCUCCUGUUAGUCCGCGGCUGCAGCCUAUGGCUGACGCUGCCAUAGAAGAGAGCGGCGGUGAAGAGGGAGCGGAGUCGUUACCUGACAUCCCGGAGCAUCAGCAGGCAGCCAUGCAGCAGGAAGAGAGGGUGCUGACAGAGGAAAUUGAAAGCCUUCAGAAAGAGAAGGAGGAGUUGACCUUUGAGAUGCUGUCUCUGGAGCCACGAGCAUCAGAUGAUGAGACCCUGGAGUCUGAGGCCUCCAUCGGUACAGCUGACAGCUCUGAAAACCUUAAUGUGGACUCUGAAGAGACCAUUUCUGACUUCUCUGAGAGAGGUCCUUUGUUGACAUUGCCCUGGACUCUGAAAUCUGACGGGAAGAGCCCCCGACGCAGAGUUCUCCGCCGCCAACCUGCGUCUCUGGAUUCUGUAGACUCGUGUUUCACUGGGUCCUCGUACUCCUCCUCAUCACAUUUCCAUCCUUCAUCGUCUUCUUCUUCCACCCGGCGCUUUCGUUUCCAGUCCAAGUCUUCUGGUGUCAGCUCGGGUCCAUCACAGGCCGAGAGUCUGACUCCACCCAUAGCCUCCCCAUCCUACAGCUUAGACAACAGCUCUACCGGAGAUCAGGAAGUGAUUUAUGAUGAAAGGCCCCAGUUUACCAGCCGAGGCACUUACAAUCCAGAUAAGGGUAAGCAGAAACUUAAGGGAGCCAAACAUACUGCCCCAAGGCCCUCCAGAGAAGGUGGUGGUCAUGGCAGGGACCCUUCAGACAUGCCACAGCCUGUGGUAGUAUAUGGAAGUAAUGAAUUCAUGGUAUGAAGGACAAUGAGACACCAAAGCGAUCCCUAUCCAACUUCCUGCCAGGCAUACAUGUUCCCAAUGGGAGGUGACAAACUGGCAACUGAUCUCCACUCCUCAAACCACUCUUGCUUAGCCUUUCAUUCUUAAAAUCUGCAAAGAAAUUUCCCCAAGUGCUGUGUACAGUGUUUCCCCCUCCUGAGGCGGGGAGGAGAAUUGUCUGGAAGAGAAACAAGAAUCAGUAGAUGGGCUCUUCUGUGGAUGAAACUGCCAAUCGUGCUCUCACAGUGUCUUGGCAACUCUUUACUCGGCGCCAAGAGGAGACAAACUGAGCAGGAGGACAGAGAAAAGGGAAUGUUGGAAUAUGCAGAAGAAAACACUGCAUCAGGGAAUAUUACAGAGCUGGAAAGCUGAAGCAGUGUACUACAGAAAUUGAGAAGAAAAACAAAUCAGGCACCAUCAGGCGUCGCAGAUGUUACAGUGAACUUAAAGCUCACGACUAUAGGCUGCUUUAUGAGUUUACAAUAAAUGUAAGCAGCGGAUGCUUUAUUACAAAAUAAUUUUUCCCUUAUUUAAAAAUUUUAAUGUCACAGAAAUUCUUUAUAGCAUAUAAUAUACAGGUAUAAAUACUGUACAAAGCCGGAACACCAGCCUCUGCUGGGUAGUUGAAGUCAAAUAUUUAUCUUGUUUUUUGUUUAUUUUUGGUUUUUUAAAAUUGAGAUUCUUGAACAGAGAUGUUUGGGUUUGGGCAGUGGAUCCCACACUUCUGUUGUGUACAUGUGCCGAGAGCUCAUGCGUGACUGUAUGUUUGUGUGAGACAGAAAAGAAAAAAACCCACUUAAUGUGUUUUAAGUUUGUGCUGCUUUUUUUUUUUUUUCUUUUUCCCCUUACAAGGGAAAUACAGCCAUCAAAGGGACCAAGUCAGCUGGUGUGUAUUCCAGCCAAGGGGAUCCCAGCUCUUUAGGAAUGUUGGAAUCUGUGAUAAAAUUCCUGCAUUCACCGCUUAACAGCCAUACAACUGUUAUGUACAGUACAGGUCAUAUGUACAGUAUAGAGAACAAAUGCCAUUCUAUUCUUGAAAUCCAUUAUUACCCACUCCCAAAGCCAUUCUCUUCUGUCUCUUAAGCAUUUGCUCAAUAGCAACCAUGCAAGAACAUAAAA